GGGACCGAACUUGGACCUCUGGAGCUGAGAUCUGAUCGCAUUUGCUGACCAGUUGCUUGUCUUUUGAUAUUUCUGUACUCUUUAUUGAUCCUUCAGUUUUGAUUCAUCUUUAUGCCGCUGCAAUGGAAGCUGGUGCUUCCUUGCCAAACCACAACGUACGAAUCAAAAGGUGACACUUGCCUUGCCCUAUCGGACAGCUCGUCAUAAUACCGACGCAUGGCACUUUGAACGUUUCUACGCCCUUUAGAUUGAUAUCCUCAUGGGUUAAAAGCUUAGCUUUCGGCUUCAAAUCUGCACUGUGGUUUAGAUUGUCUGCAGACAGAUUUCGAACUCCAUGUCAGGGGACCGCGACAUGGAGUUUCCAGGACAAUGCCUCACAAAUGUCCAUAAGAUUGAUGAUUGCACGUCAAUCAGAUAUAAUGUCUACGCUCUUCACGAAAAUGAGUCCAAUCCGUCACCAGCCUUCUCUCAGCCUCCCACACCGUACCCCGAUACUGCGCGACGGGAACCCGAUGGCCGAAAAGUGGCAGGUCUCAGCCAAGAGGUAGAGCUUGAGUUAAGGGCCCAGGGGAAAGUUGUCGCGAGCUCUGCUGAAGACACUGAGCUUUGGUGGUACGAUAUCGCUUUAAAUCGGGGUUCGAAUGAGACGGAAGGGUUGCUUGACAGAAACUUGCCCUCGGGGGAAUAUAUAACGAUUGGUCGGGCGAGGCUAAAGAAAAUUCGGGAGGAUACUUUUACUUCGUCUAGCCUUGAUCAAUCAAAGGCUCCGCUACGGCCUGUUCCAGUAUCAUCUCCAGCAGCUCACCCCACCUCCUCCGACGCGUCGUCUGCCGAAGCAUUUACACAAUCGCGGGAACGCAUCGCCACCGCAUAUCGGUUAUUUAUCACCGCAGUCAUCUCAACUAUUUCUUAUUCGCUUGCCAAAAAGUAUCGUUAUAUACCCGUCAAUUUUCGAAUUUUACUAUUACCAUCGUUUUCUAAACCCCUUGGGGUCUACGACACUUACAACAUUUCGCCGCGAUUACAUCAUAUUACGUUGGUCUCUCUGGAUGCUCGACUAACCGCUACUGGGACAUUAAUACUUUCCAUUAUUACGGAUGCAAGACCAGAAUUGCCCAAGUGGUAUCUAUUCGAUCGCGAUCACGUUGGAAUUGAAGACAAGGAUUUAAUACUCGCGCCGGGAGGGAAAAGGGCAAGGUUCAGAGCAAGACCUUCUGUCAAAUAUCCUGCUUCACCUGCCUAUGCCGAGAGUCCCGUGUCUGGGACAAUUUGGAGUUCUGGCGUGCGUCAAAGAACUCGACCAAGCCUCGCAUGGAGACAUCAUGUGCAAAGCUGGCUGUCUUGGAAUGGUCUUGAUAUUCCAAAUAUAGACGAAUCUGACUCCUGGAUCGAAGUAGAAAUAAAUGCGCCGCGCGAUGAGGUAUCAGAUAAUAGUUCACAAUUUGCUGGCGAAAAGACAGUGAGAAUCUUUUGGCCAGCAUGUUUGUGCCUUGUUAUACCACAAUCAUCUAGUUGGCCGCAGAAUUCCCUUUCCACGAAGCUGUCGAUGGGCUCCAGAGAAGGCCUUGUUUCGGGGCAGGAAACAAGAAGGGCCUCUGAUGUGGCGGACCCGGUUAUAGCUGAUCCUCUGGCGUUUGCAGAAGAUUGGUAUUCAAAGCGAACGGAGCGGGAAGAAAUUUUUAAACAGGUUCGCGCGGCAGAAGAGGCAAAAGAGGUGGAAGCAGAGACUGCUCGACUUGCUCAGCAAGCAAUAAGCAGUGAUGCGCCAGUUAUAACGGGUCGUACCGGAAAUCAUGCCGAUGUGCCUUCAAUUAGCGGCAUCUAUCCGACACCGCCAGAUGGCUUGCUCUCUCAUAGCAAUCUUAAGCUUUCACUCGCUGAAAAGCCCACUGGCUUGUCGGUGCCAGAAGAAAAUACAGUCAAAGACGAUGACCUUCCAACUUCGAUAUCUCAUGGUGGGGAUAACGAGCAGACGGACGAAAACCCGCCUACAGCAUCAUUUGACGAUACCCAAAUGACCGGCAUUGAUAAUGACAUUGGUGAUGAUCUUUUUGGGGACAUGGACGAUGAAAUUUUCGGUGGAAAUGACGUCACCGAAGCAGAUUUUAGUUUCUUUGACGAACCUGCCAUGGACGGAAUUGAGACGACUAAUUCCGGGGGUGAUAUGAUUCAAAGCCUGCACGAGCCCGAUAUGAACGCGGGACCUGAUCGGCAGUUAGAUUUGGCUCCCGACUUGCCCAUCGAUAGCACACGGAAGAUUCUGGACGAUGGGCAUGCGACGGCCUCAUCUGAUAUUGACCAAGAUUUAGAGAAGAAGAAGAAGAAGCUUGCGCCGGACACAGAUACUAUCGAUACCGCUAUGGUAGACGAAGUCGCAGGUCCGAUGAAGAGAGAGGAGACGGAGCCGCAAGCUAUCUUGCCUCCACCUACUGCAGAGCUUCCAUUUGAAGGGGAGGCAUUAUUACCAAAACACAAUUCCUUCAUUAGUCCUCCACUGAGCCCUUCCGAUGUUGUCAAGAAGAUCUUGCCGCCGGGCGAGGAAGCUCAACAAGCGCCAGAGGGGAAAGAAGCAGGUGAUGGUUUUUCGCGGGAUAGGGAGCACGACAACUUCCGGAAACCUAGCAUCUUUGAUCCGGUGAAUUUCAGCCAAAACCUACAUCUACACGACUACAAAUAUAAUCUGGAGGGUCGCUUUGGGUUUGUAGCAGGCCCCAAGCGUAGUAGUGGAGCAAAGGGUGGCAAAGAGUCUCUCGUCAAGAGUUCAAUUCCAAAUAUCGGACUGCCCAAACCCAGGCGAAAAUUAACCGGUUCUUCUUCUUCUGCUGCUGCCAUGGCAGGAGCCGCAGAUGCCGUCAAAAGUCCCGUUGCAGUCAGUGACAAGGCGCAGAGAAAGCAGCAUGGAGAAGAUCACUCGGUCGAGAAACUAGAACAAGGGUUCAUAGAUGAAUCAGACCACGAUACCUCGAGCUCUUCGUCGAGCGAACAGGAAUAUCAGGAGUCUGAGUAUGGGCUUGGUCCAAAGCGAAAACGACCUCUCGAGGAUGAUGGAGAUGAUGCGGCAACUUCGUCUUUGCAAAGGCUUGCCUUUAGCUCCGUGGCUGACGAGACCGAUAUCGAUGAACCCCUUCCAAUCACAUGCAAGGCCCUUGAAGCUGAUGCAAAUGACUCUUCUCUGCGAGGCUACAGCAUGGCUCAGCAGCUCGAGGCAACACCGUCUUCUUUAUUCACGAAGAAGAAUUUUAUCGGUGUUGCGCAAGUAUUUGCUGAUCAGAUCACCUGGGGGAUACACAAGAUCCCCAUUGACGAAUUAUUACUCGAUGACAAUUAUGAAGAGAUUCCAGCAUCGACCCUUUUGGACGAACGAGUUUCUCGAGCUCUAAGCAAAAUCUGUGUGGAUGCGGAGCGUUGCGAUCUUGCCAUGUACGCUAGUGUCCAAGAUCUUCUCCCAGAAAUGCCAAUGAUUGGGAGAGCGCACAUUCGACCUAAUAUACGGCGAACUGUUACCGGACAGGGAGAGCCGGGUUCAUCAUGCUCGGUAAAGAAGAAUGUAUUUUCGAUUCCCCCCCCGCCUGUGCGACUAUUUCGGCAGGAUACUCCAAUUGAGCUCUUAUCUUCUGCAUUGCCAUUCUGGGAAAUAUUUGGACUGGGGCCAGCCAGCGGCCCAAAGGAUGUUUUGUCCUAUUGUAUCUUCCCUCCAGGAGACGGCAUUGAAGGGGCUGUGGAUACAUUUCUCACGCGUUUGGGUACUGCUUAUGAGAGCUGCAAGCUUGGCAGUCACGAAAAGGGCAUUGAGUUUCAGGGAAAUGGACCAGGACUCGUCCCUAUUAGUGCCUAUGAUCAUAAAGCCACUUCUGGGAGCGGAGGAACGAAGGACCUGGAAGUAACAUGUAGAAAGUUCGGUUCCUUUCUUCCAAAUGCUACUGAAGAUGUAGGAAAUAAUAUCGUGAUUUACAUGGUCAACAAUAGCCGUCAUCCUAGUGCGGUACUCAAUCUCUGCGCGGCUGCUUAUAUGCUCUUCCAGGCAUACCUCCAGAGUUUGCAGGCUCAGCAGAAGAAGACCUUCAACGAACUCGUCUUGCAGAUUAUUCCCAUGGAUUUUAUCGCAUCACCCACGGCUCUAAUUGUUCCCACCCAGACGGAGUAUGCAAAAGUUGCGCUCGAAGUCUACAAUCGGUGUGCCCCGAAAGCCACAAAGAAUAAAAGGCUUGGCCCAACCCAGCACGCUCCUUCUAUCGUCUUGGCCGACAAACCGCCCAAGGCAAUUGAAUUUCGACUGACUACUGAGCCGUCACCAUCGCUAUUAAUGGAGAAUACGUGCAUGCACAUGGCUUAUUCGAUUAGCAGCGAUGGCCGUUGGGUAUCUGCUGCUUGGACGGACAGUUUUGGAAAAUAUCAAACCAAUGUGUCGUAUUGCCUGGCUCGGCGGAAGGGCCCUGCCAGGCCCCUUUCAGAAGUUAUCAGCGAAAUGUGGGAAACGACAUUGCAGAUUGUGCAGACCAAGAGAGUAACUUGGCGGUUCAUUCUUGUCAAAGAUGGCCUCAUGGAUCGCGAAGAAAUGGAGCUAUGGACCUCCCUUGCCGCACAACCGUCCCAACCUCCCUUCCAUUUGACUCUGUUCGACACCGAUAGCUGCCCUGACUUAUUCAUCCGACCUCCACCACCGGCCCCUAUACCUCCUGCCUACACUUCUUCCGCCUCUUGUUUCUCUGCAGCAACUACACAGCCGACCAACAUAUACACGACCCCGGCAUCCACGCCUCAAAACUCCAUGUUAUCUCCAGAUCAUUUUGGCAACACGGUUGGCACUCCCGCAACACCCAGCACAUCAGCUGGCGCAGGUACAGCAGCAUCUGAUGCUCCUCCAAACGCCGCCGCCGCCGCCGCCGCCGCCUCAUCAGCAACUACUGCUGUGACGGAUGUUGAGCCUGACGCCACUCUGGUCGAUGCCACUGAUGAAUCUUGGGGAGUCAUGCUCUCCCACCGUCUCAACAAUUCCCGCUCCCUAAUCGACUACAAUCCCGCCAUUGCCAGCGCCUACCUUCUCCGCCGUACAUCUGUGGACGAGUCUCAGCCUCUAGACGCACUUGCCAUUAAUCUACUUUACAUUUCCCAGCCUGUCCGCGGAGGUAACGACUGCCUCAUGCGCGAAAUACUCUGCACAUAUAGAGGCCUUGGCGUUCUAGCGCGGCAUAAAAGCAUGUUUAAGCCCGGCGAGAAAAUCUUGCCCUGGCACCUUGCCACUGCAGCAAAAGCACAGCGCGCAUUGAGCUCUUUGUUGUAAUGUAUCCAUUCCGUCUAUCUAUUAUCUCUUUUUUUUAUCGUUGAGCAGGUGUUUAUUGUUCUAGCAAGUUGGAUAUUUUAUCUUGCAGAUGGGUUUCGCAACACAUGGGCGCAUAGCGUGUUGGUUGGGCAGGACUGUACUGCGAUUUAUUAGCAAUUGGUUUAAUUCUUCCCAGUCUCAUUCUCAUUCUCAUUCUCGUUCUCUUGUCGUCGUCGUUGUCAUGAUCAUUGUCACUGGCAUUCGCAUUGGCAUUAACAUUUUGAUUGACAUCAUCGUCUCUUUCUUCAUUUUCAUUGUCGUCGUUCAACUGUAAAACAAAGCAAUGAUACCUUUUCCCGUAUCUUUGAAUUUUUCAACUAUUUUGAGUGUCUCAUCUUACUGUAACUGUAGCCCUAAGUCUAUCGCAUUGUAGCGUUUUAGUAUCAGGUAGU